AUGCCAAACCCCAUCACCUUCGACCCAAACAGCCUGUACAUCCUGCUCUCAGAUCUCGGAUCGGAGCGACAAUUCCACUGGGAAUUCUAUCUCGCAAGAACCGAAACCGACGGGCAGCAGUACCACCUCGUCAACAACGCCGACACCGGCCAUAAAUGGAAAUAUCUCUCUCGGUGUUCAACAGGGACCCCGAAGGCCCUGAUGCUACUAGUGGCAAUGAAGAUCGCUGCCAUGGACCCGGCAUUGCAUGGGCCUCUGGGUGUUAGACUCGAGGCUGUUUCGACGGCACCUCCGGUUACUUGUCGCGUGUGGCUGAAGAGGGCUUUGAGUGAUUUGGAUGAGGAGGGGUUUAUCCAGCUCACCGGGAGCGUGGCGGAUAUUGAGUUGGAGCUGGAGACGGCGGCUGUUGAGAAUCGGGCGAGGAAUAUUCGAAGUGUUGGUGUUAGUGGUUUUAGCCUUGCUUGA